AGAACAGGAAGUGUGUCGGACAAUAAUCGAACAGAAUUUACACCUGCCGGAUGGACAUUUAGUAUAUGGGGUCUAAUUUAUUUUUGGCAAGCUGCCUGGCUAUUAUAUGCCAUUAGUCGUAUUCCACGUAAAUCCAAUGUCGACUAUUUAUAUAAAUAUCCAAAUACUUUACAUUACACCGUAUUUAUUUUCUAUAUUAUCAACAUGGCUCUGAAUUGUAUUUGGCUUGUGCUAUUUGAUCGAGUGGAAUUUGGCUGGGCAUUACUAGUGAUAUUUCUGAUGUUUGUUACUGUUGCAACUCCAAUGAUAAUUACUCACAUUUUACUAUCAAAAAAUCGGAACAUUUAUAUUGAAUCUAGCCGGAAAUUAGAUAUUUGGUUGGUACGUUUGUUAGUUCAUAAUGGUUUAGCUAUUUACGUGACCUGGUUGUUUUUGGCAAUGAAUUUAAAUUUAACGAUUUGGAUCAAAGUUAUGGGAAAAAAUGCUACAGAUGCAGCAACAGCAGCGUUGAGUAUUGUGCUCUUGGGUAUUAUUAUUUAUUUUGUAUGUGAAAACAUUAUAUUUUAUAAAUCAAUGGCAUACACAUGGAUACCAUGGUUCGUAUUAAUAUUCGCAUUAUCUGGAGUCAUGUCUCUCAAUUAUACAUCAAUUCCAACACGAAACCAGUCUUAUGUACUAGCACUAUUAAUUAUGUGUUGUAUUCUAUUUGUUAUUCGCGUCAUUGUAUUUGCUGUUCGAUAUUUCAAAGGAUUGAUACCAACUUUUAGUAAUCCCUAA